UUUUGGCUUUCUCUUCCUUUGUUUCUUUCCUCCACUUUGAUUCCCUUUUCCUCACCCUUUUGCAUAUACAAUCAUUCACGAUGGCACACGAUCUCCCCGAAAAGUUCGAUCGGCCUGUCCAUAUCGCCGUCAUAGGCGGCACUGGCCUCUCUCAGAUUGAGGGCUACAUCCCCGUCGCCUCCGUGAACCCGUUGACGCCAUGGGGCCACCCUUCGGCGCCCAUCCAGAUCCUCGAGCACAGUGGCGUCCCCGUCGCUUUCCUGUCGCGCCACGGCGCCUACCACGAGCACGCUCCCCACGAGGUUCCCUCCCGAGCCAACAUCGCGGCUCUCAGGCAUAUUGGAGUACGGUGUGUGAUCGCUUUUAGCGCAGUCGGGUCGCUGCAGGAACACAUCAGGCCGAUGGACUUUGUCGUGCCGGAUCAGAUCAUAGACCGGACUAAGGGGGUCAGGCCCUUCACUUUCUUCGAGAAGGGUCUGGUGGGCCAUGUUGGCUUCGCGGACCCGUUUGACGAGAAGCUGGCCAAGGUUGUCAAGGCUUGUGCCGGAGCCAUGCAGGGCGAGGGCUCGACGCUGCAUGAGAGCGGCACUAUCGUCUGUAUGGAAGGACCCCAAUUUUCCACCCGCGCCGAGUCCAACAUGUACCGCACAUGGGGCGGCAGCGUGAUCAACAUGUCCGCCCUCCCCGAGGCGAAGCUCGCCCGUGAGGCCGAGCUCGCCUACCAGAUGAUCUGCAUGGCGACCGACUACGACUGCUGGCGCUCCGUGCCGGGCGAGGACGUCGAUGUGGCCAUGGUCAUGAAGUACAUGAGCGCUAACAGCGUCAACGCCAAGAGGCUGGUGGGCGCGGUUCUGGAUGAGCUCGUUGCUGAGGACAAGGAACACGGGGACCUGGUCGUCGCCAAGCACCUCGAGGGCGCGAGUGUCGGUGCUGUCAAGUUCAUGACAAAGCCCGCAGGAAGGGAUCCCAAAGCUAUGGAGAGGGUGGAAUAUCUGUUCCCUAACUUUUGGAAGGAUUAAUGUAGGCCCCCUGGUGCAGGCAGGCUGUUAGAUGUGGGCACCAAUACAUGUGAUGGCGUUGUCGGCUGGAUGUUUUGCUUAACUUUGAGAUAUCCCCUGCCUGGCAUCAACUGCCAGCGCACGUUAGAGAAGAAGAGGACUUUGAACAGGUCACUUAUAAAUAUGGGGAGGAAUGUGGCACAUACUCGUUGUUUUGCGCCACCUAGAAAUUCGGGCACUGAGGGAAGACUUAAGAGGAUAGACAGCACAGAAAAAAUUGGUUGCAUAUCUGAA